AUGACACACAUUGAAAUUCCAAGCGAAUUGCCCAAUAUUUUAAGAAAUUUUACACUAAGUGUAUUACGUACAAAACCACGCGAUAUCAUUGAUCAUGCCGUUGAUUAUUUUACGCAAUUACAACGACAACAGCAGCAACCAUCAGAACCACUCGUGACAGGCAGCAAUCCAGUUACAGCAGCUUCUUCAUCUUCGCCUUCUUCUACUAGUCAACAGUCGCAACGUCACCAAAUAUCCAAUCGCAAUGUUAUAUCAUCAUCAGGAAUUGGUUCAACUGUAGAAAACAAUAAUUCAACAAACGACAAAGAUAAAUUAAUGACAAGUGUAGAUGCAAAUAAUUCGAAAUAUAUUUCUAAUGAGCAUACAUUAUCAAUUUCAACAGAAGGACCAACAGAUAAUGGAGAUAGCUCAAGUGAAGAUGAAGAUGAAAAACAAAAUUCACUUGAUGACCUGGUCAAUGAUGAACAAAUGCGACGCCAUUAUGUGAAGAAAAAUGAAUUUCGUCGAGUAUCCGUUGCAGCGGAACGAUAUAAUCCCGAAGAUGAUAAUGAUUCUGAUGGCGAACAGCCUCAUGCUUAUCAAAAGAGUCAUGAACAACGUCAACGCUUAAAAGAUGCAGUUUGCAAUAGUUUACUAUUUCGUACACUUGAAGCAAAACAAAUCGAUCAAGUGCUUAAUGCAAUGUGGGAAAAAACCGUUCGACAAGAUGAAGUUAUUAUUCGACAAGGUGACGACGGUGAUAAUUUUUAUGUUAUUGAUAAUGGUAAUUAUGAUAUCUAUGUAUCAAAAGAAGCAGAUUUUAGUCAUCCAUCUAAAGUUGGUGAAUAUAUUCAAACAGGUUCAUUCGGUGAACUAGCACUUAUGUAUAAUCAACCACGUUCAGCAACAAUCAUUGCCAGUACAGAUGGUGUUUUAUGGGUGAUGGGACGACAAACAUUUCGUAAACUUGUUUUAAAACAUGCUUUUCGUAAACGACAAAUGUAUGAAAAAUUCUUACGUGAUCUUGCUAUUCUACAAUCUUUAACCGAUUAUGAACGAUCAAAUGUUGCCGAUGCUUUAAUUCCAAUUGAAUAUAAUAUAGAUGAAAUAAUAAUUAAACAAGGUGACGACGGUGACCGAAUGUUUUUUAUUGAAGAUGGUGAAUGUGAUAUAUUUAUGAAUGGUAAUUUCCAUAAACGUAUUAAUAAAGGAGAUUAUUUUGGCGAAUUAGCACUUCUUAAUCACGAACCUCGGUCAGCAACAAUUAUAGCAGCUAGUCCGAAAGUUAAAUUAGCUUCUUUAGAAGUUGAAUCAUUUGAACGUUUAUUAGGACCUUGUAUGGAUUUGAUGCAGCGUAAUACAUUCAAAUACCUUAAAUAA